AUGAAUGAAGCUCUCCGUUCUUCACUUAGUGCCUUGGUGACGUGUAUGGAAUUGCUGGAUUCUUGCGUCUCUGCUCCCGCACUAAGUCAUUCGUCUCCAAGGCGCUCCAUGGGUGGAGUUUCCUACCAGUGGCCUAAUGGUGGCUCCGGUGUUCCCGACUUGUCCGACGUACCAGCGGAUGAUCUUGAGAGAGCCCACGAGGAUCGGGUGACGGAUAAUCUUCUUGUUGUGCCGGCUGCUGAUGAUCGUCGCCCUGAAAAAGUCCGCCCAAUCCUUGUUCCUCCGAACUCGUCGCCCUGGCUUACAGCCACAAUCGUUAACAAAUCACGUGCACGCAAUAAGGCAUACAAACGGUGGCGCCGAAGUCGCGGUGAUGUAGACCUCACCCUGUAUCGCUCCCUGCGGGGCGAAGUCCGGCGAAUGAUUGUUUCGGCCAAAGUUGGCUAUGACUCCAGUCAACUUGAUCCUCUGCUUCCUUCUGGAAAACUUUGGAAAAACAUUGGACAUCUAGGGAUAACCCGUCAAUCAGGGAGCGCUCCUGAUGAUGUGUCCGCGGAUGACUUAAACGCUUUUUUUGCUGGUUCAGGCGCCAAACACUCGUCUCCCUUUUUCUGCCCAGUCGGAGUGGCAGCCAGUUUCAAUUUCCGAAAUGUGGACUACGUUGAAGUCUACUCUGCCUUCUGCAAAAUCUCAUCUAACGCCAGUGGUCAUGAUGGUAUGCAAAUUAACUUUCUCAAACCUUUGCUCCAUAUAAUUCUUCCAUACAUUUGCGAUCUGUACAACUUUUGCAUUACAACUUCAACCUUUCCUCUGGAAUGGAAGCAUGCUAUUGUCACUCCAAUUCCUAAAAUUGCUAGGCCUACUUCUGUCAGUGAUUUCAGACCGAUCAGCAUCUUGCCUUGCUUAUCCAAACUUUUUGAGCAUCUCCUGAAAGACCAGAUUGAGGAUUAUCUGAGACAGAAUGAUCUGCUCACGCGUUUUCAGUCAGGCUUCAGGAGGCAUCACAACCCAAUCAGCGCACUUGUUCGUGUACAUCAAGACCUUGCGUCUCAUCUCAAUCGCCGACACUUCGCCAUCCUAACUCUUCUUGAUUUCUCUAAAUCCUUUGAUAGCAUAAAUCAUGACAUCUUUCUGAAUAAGCUCUUUAACCUUUAUUCCUUCUCUUCCUGUAGUGUCAAUCUUUUCCGUUCGUAUCUGACUGGUCGUACUCAAGCAGUCAAGGCAGGCGAUACGCUUUCUUCGACCCUUCCCCUCUUCAAUGGGAUUGGUCAGGGUUCCGUACUCGGGCCUUUAUUCAUCUCAUCGUAUAUAAAUGACCUAGCAAUUGUUCUUUCUACGCAUCACUUUCACUUCUAUGCGGGUGACCUGCAGAUUUACGACUUUGGCAAUCUUGAUUCGCCCGAGCCGUGUUUCGCGAGGAUCAAAGAACUGCUCUCCUCUGUAUCUAGCUGGGCGGCUGAGAACUUCCUCAAGCUUAACCCCAAGAAGUCACAAGCCUUACUCAUACGCUCUGGUAAGCAACAUCCCACCGCAUUCCCCAUUUUCCUCAAUGGCGAGGCAAUUCCCUACGUCCAUAGCGCCAGGAAUCUUGGAGUUAUCUUCAAUGAUUCCUUGGCGUGGGAAGACCACACUUCCCACAUAUCAUUUGACUCUGUGAACCACAAUGUCAUGCUGGAGAAACUGGAGCCGUUUGUGGUGCUAAGACCCCUGUCCGAGCGCUUUAAGGGAUCGUUGAACUUCUCUGCGCCAACGGUCCUCAACAAUCUGCUGCGCGAACUUGGGCCUGCCUCGCUCAGCAGAACCGCUGUAAGGGAUUGGCUCCGUGCCGCGGAUCCUGCGCAGACUGGCCGGGUAUGUGGCUCCCGCUAUGGAUGGCGGCGCUGA